AUGAAAACAAAUUCCAAUGGCCGUCGAUUUUUUGUUGGUGGAAAUUGGAAAAUGAAUUAUUCGAAAUUACUUUUAGAAAGAAUCAAUGAUACUUUAAGAAAAACAAAAGACAUCGAUGUCGAUAUUGUUUGUGCACCACCGAUACUUUUUAUUAGAGAUUUUAUUUUGUCUAAACCAUCACAUGUUCAAGUAGCUGGACAAAAUUGUUAUCAUGCUAAAGAAGGAGCAUUUACUGGUGAAAUUAGUCCAGAAAUGUUAAAAGAAAUAGGUUGUACAUGGGUUAUUCUUGGUCAUUCUGAACGGCGAACAUUAUUUCAUGAAAAUGACGAACUUUUAAAAAAGAAAAUUGAUUAUGUACUUAAUAAAACUGAUAUAAAUGUAAUUGCAUGUAUUGGUGAAACAUUACAAGAACGUGAAUCAGGAAAAACAAAUGAAAUUGUUGAAAGACAAGUUAGAGCAUAUCAAGAAAAAAUAUCAAAUGAUCAAUAUAAUCGUGUCGUUAUCGCUUAUGAACCUGUAUGGGCUAUUGGUACUGGUAAAGUAGCUACACCUCAACAAGUUCAAGAAGUUCAUGAGCGCUUAAGAAAAUUUAUUGAGAAAAAUACUAAUAGUGAUAUAGCGAAAAAAAUUCGUAUAAUUUAUGGCGGUUCAGUUAAUGGAUCUAAUUGCAAAGAAUUAGCUCAACAACCGGAUAUUGAUGGUUUUCUUGUCGGAGGUGCUUCACUUAAAAUAGAAUUCGAACAAAUUUGUAAAGCUCGUCAAAACUAA